AUGAUAGUUGAAAUCUGGAGCACAGAUUCAGGGAACGAAGGACCGCCUGAUGACCAAAUCAAAACCACCUUUGGUGUUAGAAACCUGUCUUGGAGCCCUGACAUUGGCUUCUCCAUCAAUGGAGUUGUGACCAAGAUCCUUGGAACAGCGAACCACCAAGACUUUGCAGUUUUGGGGGUGGCUGUCCCGGACCACCUGCAGGAGCACCGCUUGAAGAAGCUGCAGCAGUUUGGAGCCAACGCCUGGCGGACAGCACACAAUCCUCCUAAUGAGGCUUUGUUGAAUGCGGCGGAUCGUCUUGGAGUUUUGGUCUGGGAUGAGAACCAUCGAAACGGACAGGAUGAAGAGAUGGAGGUGAUGAUCAAAAGGGAUCGGAACCAUCCGAGCAUUGUGAUUUGGUCCAUUUGCAAUGAGAGACUUUGUGACACCAUCGACGUGCGUGGAGAUGCGGAGAGGUUGAAGGCAUUGGCACACCGCUUGGACCCCCACAUGGGCCGUGUCGUCUCAGCAAACUACAACAACUUCAAUGGCAAUCGAACCCCGAUGGAUUUGAUGGGUUUCGACUACGGCCCGGAGAUGUAUGACAAGUGGCAUGCGGAAGCACCACAAGCUCCUGCAAUUAGUAGUGAAACCUCUUCAGCAUACUCAGACCGAGGCCUUGUGUGGAACAACCGGACUGCCGGUCACGUGCGAGACUACGACACUGAGCACCCAUCUUGGGGGCAGACUGCAGAGGUUGCCUGGCAAGCUAUCCUAAGCCGCCCAUUUGUGGGAGGUGGCUUCACAUGGACUGGUUGGGAUUACCGUGGAGAGCCCACACCUUACAGUUGGCCCGAUGUGAACUCCCAUUUCGGCAUCUUGGAUAUCGCUGGCUUUUGGAAGCACCGGGCGCACUGGUACCAUGCUUGUUGGACAGCGCCCUCAGAUGGCUAUGUGUUACACCUUCUUCCACAUUGGAAUUGGGAGCCAGGACAUGGUUCUGUAGAUGUUUGGGCCUACUCGAAUCUGGAAGAGCUUGAGUUAAUCCAUCCGAAUGGCACGUCCCUUGGACGCCGCCAAGCGCCUCAGUGCUCGCGUGCAGAAUGGCAAGUGCCGUACAUGAAGGGAAGCCUGACUGCUUUGGGGUAUUUGGGUGGCCGCAAGGUGAAGACCACUGUGGUGAGCACUACAGGUUCACCAUCAGCUCUGCGGAUGGAGAUCAUGGAUGGGAUAGGUGCUGAAGGAGUUCGAGCGAAUGGACAGGAUGUUGGCCUGAUCUCUGUGGAGGUGGUUGAUGAUCAGGGUGCUGUGGUGCCCACUUCCUCCGAGAUGAUCCAUGUGUCGGCAACCUCAGGUAUCGUUCUAGGCACCGCCAAUGGCGACCCCUCGAGCUUGGAGCCUAACUUUUCGCCACGACGCUCAGCCUUUGGUGGUCGCCUGCUGGCGGUGGUGCGGCCCGAGCCACGCGGUUUGGGUCGGACCAUGACGGUCCGGGCGGAAUCUCCCAACUUGACACCGGCUGAGCUGCGGCUGAAGGUAGCUGGAGCUCUCCAACGUCCAUGUGGCACUAUUGAGUACAGCUUGUGGCCCUUAGUCUUUUCGGGCUUUAUCCGUGUGCGCUGCCCCGAUCGAUUGCUGGCGCGAUUGAACGUGCAGUGUGAUGCGCUCUUGGCUGCCCGCAAUGCGCCAAGCCAUGCCUUGUUCCUGCAGGGUGAGAUGAAGGAGGGAGAGCAGCUUACAAUCCAAACUCCAGACCCGGAGUUCGAAGAGAUCCUGUUGGCAAGUGCCGCAAUGCUGGGCAAGACCCUGAUUGGUGAUGAUGACGAGGGGACCACGUAUGCUCUGGACACCGUGUGGACAGUGCACCAGAUGGAAGGCGACUACAAUCCUGUUCACUUCCACAAUAACGCCAGGUCCAUGUUCGGCUUCUCCUCCUUCCUACAUUUGCAGCUUCCACCACAGGUGGGCCAAAGGGAGUCCCCAGGUGAAGGCGGCUCAGAGGAUGGUGGCACCAGCUUCAUUUGGAAGACAGACUCUACUGCAACACAAGGACAACUUGAAUGCCCCGGUGUCCUCAGUGUUGAGAUGCAGGAGGGCUACUUGCAUGUCUUUCCACAAUGGGUCCAGCACUUUGUGUGGCCCUUCCGCGGUGUGGGCGAACGGCGCACCAUCGCAGCCAACAUUGCCAGGCUGCCCAGUGGCAUGGCGCGUUGA